GCGCUGCGCUGCGCUGGGCGAGGCGAGCCGGCGGAGGGGCGGCGCUCCCGGCUGGGCUUCCUCUCGGCGCCGCCACCCAGGAAGCGCCUGGCUGGGCCGCAGCCCCUCGGGAUCGCGCGGGCGGCGGGGCGCAUGGACGGCGGCGGGUCGGCAUCGUCGCGGCCCUGUCGGUCUGUCCCGUCCUCUGAAGAGCAGGAGCCAGCUCAUCCAGUGCCCGGGAGGAGCACCAGCCCUCCAGCGUGCCCCCUGCCCAGGGGGCCAUGUCACAGGACAGCGGGGGCUCGGCCCAAAGUGAAGCCGGAUGCCGGCACGAGCAGCCGUAGGGGUGGGCAUGGGAAGGCCCGACCGAGACACGCCUCAGAGAGACUGAGCCUUCCCUCGUCCAAAGUGGGGCCAGCCACGGAGGGCCCACGGCGGGCAGACCCUGAGCCCUCCAAGGGGCUGGGGCAUUCCUUGCGGCAGAAGCUGCAGGCCGCCGUGGGGCAGUGCUUCCCUAUCAAGAGCCUGCCACGUUCGCCGGACCUCUCUUCCCAGCGUAAAAUUCACCUCCGGGAGCUGAUGCUGGACACCUGCCCCUUCCCCCAGGGCUCGGAGCUGGCCCGCACCUGGGAGCUGAUCAAGCAGCACACGGUGCCUGUCUCCGAGCACGAGGGCCUGGCUGCCCUGCCCCCCGAGGACGAAGAUGACCGCCUGAGGGAACGCCGCCGCAUCAGCAUUGAGCAGGGGGUGGAGCCCCCUCCGGAUGCCUUGAUCCACACCUUCGAGGUGACAGCGCAGAUCAAUCCCCUCUACAAACUGGGGCCAAAGCUCGCCCACGGCAUGACCGAACUAACGGGGCCAGGUCGGGCCAUGCUGACCGCCCCUGAUGAACAGGAUGAAGUGGAGGAAGAGGAGGAGGAUGAGGAUGAGGAAGAGCUGGAGUCGGCCUUGGCCGGGCUGCCGGAGGUCCGGGAUGGUCUGCGGGCGCACACCCAGAUCGACUACAUCCACUGCCUGGUGCCCGACCUGCUGCAGCUGACACAACUCUCCUGCUAUUGGGGUGUGAUGGACCGCUAUGAAGCAGAGUCGCUGCUGGAGGGCAAGCCGGAGGGCACCUUCCUUCUGCGGGACUCGGCCCAAGAAGACUACCUCUUCUCCGUGAGUUUCCGGCGCUACGGCCGCUCUCUCCACGCCCGCAUCGAGCAGUGGAACCACAACUUCAGCUUCGAUGUGCACGACCCCAGCGUCUUCCACGCGCCCACCGUGAGCGGCCUCUUGGAGCACUACAAGGACCCCAGCGUCUGCAUGUUCUUUGAGCCGCUGCUCUCCAUCCCCGUGCACCGCACCUUCCCCUUCGGCCUGCAGCACCUGUGCCGGGCUGUAGUGACCUGCUGCACCACCUAUGACGGCAUCGGGCACCUGCCUUUGCCCCGGGCGCUGAAGGAGUACCUGAAAGAGUACCACUACAAGCAGAGGGUGAGGGUGCGGCGCCUGGAUACCUGGGGCACCUGAAGCCGGCACCCAACCACCGAUCAGCCUCCUGGAUCUACCGGUUUUCUUUGGAUGACAAUCAUUACUUCCUAACUUAUCUUCUCUUGCCUGGCAUUCUUCGGAAUGGGUGGGUGCCAGUUUUCCAGCAUGCUGGCUGGAAACACUGAGCUCGGUAGCCUAGCACAUCCGGAAAGGAUUUGGGUGAAGGAAGCAGGACCGUCUCCCUCCACGCCUUUCCGGACUUGUGAGCACAAGGGGGUUUGCGGGUGCCUUUUUUUCAGUCUGGGUGCAAAAUCCAGGGUUGCAGAGACUUUGGGCUGCGGAGAAGGCCCGGAAUCUUUGCAAGUCAGUGCAAAAAAAGGAGGACUUCUGGUUAACCGGAAUUCGUAGCAUCAAAAGGCCCGAGUCCCCCACUAGACGGGAGGUUCACCCAAGGGGUGGGCUCCCUGCCUCCACAUCCCUCCUGAGAAAAAGCACAACUUUUGGGGAGGGGGGAGGGGUCACGGCUGUUUCCAAGCCAGGGGUUUGGGCACAAACGUCCGGCAGGAAGGUGACCAGGGGCUCCUUCUUGGGUAGUGCCUUGGGCACAAUCCUGCAUUUCUUUGCCUUUCUUCCAUUCCUCCAAGUUGUACAGGUAGUCCUCGACUUAUGGUUCAUUUAGCGACCGUUUGAAGCACUGCAGUGACUUAUGACCGUUUUUUAACACAAUCGUUGCAGCACACCCCCACGUUCACGUGAUCAAAAUUUGGACGCUUGGCAACUGGAUCGCAUUUAUGAUGGCCGCAGUGUCUCCGGGUCACGCGAUCCCAUUUUGCGACCGUCUGACAAACGGUCAAAGGGGAAGCCAGAUUCACUUAGCAACCGUGGCCAGAAACCUCAUAAAAUGAGGCAAAAUUCACUUGUCUCGUUUGGCAACAGAAAAUUUGUGCUCGGUUGUGGUCAUAAGUUGAGGGCUACCUGUAGCUGCUGCUCUGGGGAGACUGAGAGCACCCCGAAUCCUGGUGGCCGCAGGGCAGCAGAGGGAACCAGAGACACGAUAAGAGCAGCCGCAGGGCCAGAAACCGGGUGUGCAUUACCCUUGGGGAGGUACAUGGGGUGUGUGGUUGUGACGCUCUCCGCCUCUGAACUCCUGCUGCUUUUUGGGGUCCUUUCACAACCUGUUGCUCUGUAGUGUUGUGUUACCAUUAAAACCUUCUUGGUCUACCGUG